CUUAAUAAUACUUUGUUUGUUUUUAAUAGGAAAGAAAGUGGAGUAUGAAGUGGAUUUGGCUAAUGUAGAGCAUCAAAGGAGGUCCAAAUUGUGUGGUUAUCUAAUUCACAUUCACGUGCUCUUUCAUCAUCAAAUAAAAGAAGCAAAACAAAAAGGAAAAAAAAAAAGAAGAAGAAGAUAAGGAGUUAGGCGUGAAGUCAGCAGAAGACCCCAUUGAAAAGAUAAUCAUCCAAAUCCCAUUAAUCUUGCAAUUUUAUCUAAAUCCUCCGAUGAGUAAUGCGAUGAAGAUAUCAGAUUCACAAAAUAGAGUUUUGGCCAAGAAAAAUUCGCAAAUUCAGUUCAUGCAAUUGGUUAUAAAUUCAGCUCGUAUUUCUCCAAUUAAAAACUCACAACUUAGCCAACAAUUAUACAAAGAGCGAGAUCGUUCGAAUGAGUUUGUAAGUGGGCAAUUGGUGAACAGAAGAUAGCCAUUGGAGGUCAGCUUAGUCUCGCAUCCAAGGUAGUACGAGAACGAAGGUGCAUGUACACGUACGAUAAAGAAGCAAGCCUUAAAACGGAGCAAAACCAGAGGAGCUUCUUCAUAUUUUCAGUGCUGAACCAGCACUUGAAUUAGAAGAUCCAUUGCCGAUUGAAUAUAACAACAUGGCAAAACAGACAUUGAAAUAACUGGGAGCCCCUAAAACAGGAGAAGAUCCUCUCUGCAUUGUCUUUCCGGAGCUAGAGAAUCCCCUCAAACUGAACUCAAGUUUCCUUAAUCUUCUCCCUAAAUUCUAUGGGAACGCAAGUGAGAAUCCUUAUAGACAUUUAAAAGAGUUUAAAGUUGUAUGUUCUUCUACGAAUCCCGAAGGAAUAGAACAGGAGCAUAUUAGAUUGCAUGCUUUUCCUUUUUCUUUGCAAGAUCAUGCUAAAGAGUGGUUAUAUGAGCAACUUCCAUCUAGUUCCAUUAAUUCUUGGGCAGAAUUGGAAAAAGUUUUUCUUGCAAGAUUCUUUCGUGCGAGUCGUAUAGGUUCUAGACAGAGUAAUAAUGAGUCUUUAUAUGAGUACUGGCAACGUUUUAAUAGGCUUUGUUCAUCUUGUCCACAACACCAAAUAAGUGAUCAAUUGUUAAUUCAAUACUUUUAUGAGGGUUUGUUACCUAAUGAUAGAGGUAUGAUAGAUGCAUCUAGUGGGGGUGCAUUAGUUGAUAAAACACCUACUGAAGCUAGAAAAUUAAUCUCUAAUAUGGCUCAGAAUACACAACAGUUUAGCACUAGAAAUGAUGUUAAAAGAGUAAAUGAAAUUGAUAUAAGUGGUAUUCAUAAUCAAUUGCAAGAAAAUUCUCAACAAAUUGCUACUUUGGCUACUCUUGUUUCUAAAAUUGCUAGUAAUGAGUCUAAAUCCAGAGUUUGUGGUGUUUGUUCUGAUUUUUCUCAUGCUACUGAUGAAUGUCCUACUUUACAGAGUGAAGAUGUUAAUGCCUUAGGGGGUUUUUCUAGUCAACAAAAUAGGAAGUAUGAUCCUUUGUCACAAACUUAUAAUGAAGGGUGGAAAGACCACCCUAAUCUUAGGUAUGGAAAUAGACCACAAUUACUGCAAAAUAAUCGACCAAGGCAGUAUGGUCAACAAAACCCCUCUACCCAAUCUCAAGGUCCUUCACUAGAGAGUAUGGUAAAACAGUUGGCGACUCAAAUAGGACAAGUGCAUAAUCAAAACAUUGAGUAUCAAAAUAAAACAGAUUCCCAUCUUCAACAACUUGACACUCAAUUAAGCCACAUUUGCACUUCCUUAAGUAACUUAGAGACUCAAUUGGGAGGAAGACUCCCAGCCCAAACUUUUCCGAACCCAAAAGCAAAUGCUGUGUUUAAACAGAGUAAGGUCACCAUUGAUGAGUCUUUAGAACUGGAGAAUAGAAGUAGUUUAAGCCCGAAAAUGAUGAAAGGUAAUAAAAUCCCGUUAUUAGAUGCUGUGAAAAUGGUUCCUAAGUAUAAAUCAUUGUUGGAUGCUUUUCUUAAUAAGUCUAGUAAGGAAUCUGAAUUUUGUGCACCCCCUCCAAAGUGUGAUGAUCCUGGUUUGUUUUCUAUUCUUUGCAAAAUUGGAAAAUCUGGUUUUCAUGAGUGUGUGUUAGAUUUAGGAUCUUCUGUAAAUAUCUUGCCUUCUUCUAUGUAUGAUAAGUUUGAAUUAGGACCUUUGAGGAACACGAAUGAAAUUCCUUACAUGGCUAAUGGUAAUAGUGUUUCUCCAAAUGGUUGUUUGGAAAAUGUUUUGAUUCAAAUUAAACAAUUAUUUUUCCAUGCUGAUUUCUAUGUUAUUGAUGUUGAAAAUAUUUCUGAAAUUUUAUUAGGACGACCAUUCUUAAAGACCGCAAAAUCGUUGAUUGAUGUAGCUAAUGGUAGCGUUACUUUAAGUAAUAAUGGUCACACUGUUAACAUCAAUGUUUUUGAUGAACAAGGUUCACUUGAAGAAGUAGGUGCUACUAACCAUGUUUUUUAUCAUCUUGCACAGAUUGGAGUUGAUAAUGUAGAGAUGUUAUUAGAUGAGAUGGUAAACAAUGUAGGGCUUGAGCAAUUGCUUUUCGAUGCCCUUAAUGAGCUGAGCUUCUAAGGAUUAAGAGAUACGUCGAGCCAAAGACUCUAAACGGAGGCGCUGCUUGGGAGGCAACCCAAGAUUAUUUUUCUGCACUUUCUUUCUUUCUUUCUUUAUUUUUUAAUAGUUCAUGUUAGUUUUGUGUGUUCUUUUUGUUUUGAAAUUAGCACCAGCCUUACCCCAAGCUGCUCUGGCAGAUUGAGCAAACAUAAUACAAAGGGCUAGACAGGACAUUUCACUUCCUGCUUGGUGCUUCACCGCGCUUCAAAGUCUAAAUUUUGCGAGUCUUCCAGAACUUAACACAAACUUGGAGCUGAUCCAUAAACAGCUCACAUGACCAGCUAAGUUUCUCUUUUCCUUUCUUAACUUUGUUUUCAUUGAGGACAAUGAAAAGUUUAAGUGCGGGGGGGAUUGAAUAUUUGAAAUUGGUUUGGUUUUUGUGGAGAAAAUGCUAUUUGAAUGGAUAUUUGGUUGUAAAUGCGUUGAUUAUAAUAGCUCGUUUUUGAGUGGAUUGCUCCUACUUUAAAGGAGGUGCUGCCGAAUUUUAGAUUAAAAAGUUUGUUAUUUUGGAUUACUAGUUUCAUGAAUAAAUGAAGGAACUUUGGGUUAAUCAGCAAAUAAUAAUAAUAAUUAAAAAAAAAAAUGUCUUUUACUUAUUGCAUGCUGUGGAUUAUAGACAUGAAAGAUAGCUUAAACCCCUCUUUGGUAUGAUUAGUAAAAGUUUUUGUUUCUCACUAAAAAAUUUAUCAUGUCUCAAAGCCUUCCAUUAACAUCAUCAAUUAUUGAGCCAAUUUGAGCUUAAGUUUGUUUUCUUAUCAUAUAAAACUCACAAAUGUGCUGCUGUCCAGAAAACAAUUAAAACACCUUUUGGGAUUAGUAGAGCAUAUUGUUAAAUUGUGAUGUAAAGUGGAAUGGUGGUUGUCAUUAUUUGGUGGUUUUAUAAUGAAAAUUUUUAGAUUUGAAGGCUCUGUGUACCAAUGUCUGGGUUUUAAAAAGUGAAUCAUAUAUAUAUACAUGAAAAAAAAGAAAGUUCAAAACCCAGUUAUGUACGUGUGAUGUUUUUAUCUCGUGCUUAAGUAGUUCGAGUAAGUAGAUCCGUAGGGGUAUCUUAAAACCUAGUGCCUUGGGCCAAUUGGACCGGGAGUCACUGGUCGAACACUCGCUACAAGAACUAUUUGACAGAGACAAAGCAUUAAGAGUCCAGAGAUAAAAAAAAAAAAGAAAGAAGGAAAGUAUGUCUAAGUUCAAUGUUAGAGAUGUGUGAUAUAAAUGUACUACUAAUGUGCUCUACUAAUUUCCACCUGUACCACUACAAGCCUAAACAUAUCUCCCACCUCUAGUUUACCUUGUUCCUUUUACAUUCCAUAAAAGUUAUUUUGAUCAGAGACAUCUAAUCAAAUACAUAAAAAUAAAGGUGAGAAACGGAAAUGAUACGACGUCGGACAUUGAGGGUGUUAAAAUCUUUAUAAAUGUCAAAUAUAUGGUCCAUGCUUGCUGGGAAUGCAUAUUUUGGUUGUAUUUGCUGAUUGGUUCAAAGAUUCCAAAUGAAGAGACUUUGUGGGUAUGUCCUCAUGUUUAAAGGGCUUGUUGCACAUGCUAAGUGUAACCAUGAUUCCUACGACAGUGAGUUAGGUCUAUUGCUUUUAUAAGUUAGUUUUAUUUAGUUUGUUCGAGGGCGAUCAAAGACUAAGUGUGGGGGAAUUUGAUAAGUGUAUAAUAUACCAUAUUUUUAGUCCCUAAUAUUAGUCUUAUAAUCAUUUUCUUUUAUUUAUUUUAAUAAAUUAGUCAAUUUAAUAUUUAUAGUUCUUAUUUUAUGUUAGUAUUUUAUUUUAUAGCAAUUAUUAUAAUAACUGAUACUUAAUAAUACUUUGUUUGUUUUUAAUAGGAAAGAAAGUGGAGUAUGAAGUGGAUUUGGCUAUUGUAGAGCAUCAAAGGAGGACCAAAUUGUGUGGUUAUCUAAUUCACAUUCACGUGCUCUUUCAUCAUCAAAUAAAAGAAGCAAAACAAAAAGGAAAAAAAAAUAAGAAGAAGAUAAGGAGUUAGGCGUGAAGUCAGCAGAAGACCCAAAUCACAAUGAAAAGAUAAUCAUCCAAAUCCCAUCAAUAUUGCAAUUUUAUCUAAAUCCUCCGAUGAGUAAUGCGAUGAAGAUAUCAGAUUCACAAGAUAGAGUUUUGGCCAAGAAAAAUUCGCAAAUUCAGUUCAUGCAAUUGGUUAUAAAUUCAGCUCGUAUUUCUCCAAUUAAAAACACACAACUUAGCCAACAAUUAUACAAAGAGCGAGAUCGUUCGAAUGAGUUUGUAAGUGGGCAAUUGGUGAACAGAAGAUAGCCAUUGGAGGUCAGCUUAGUCUCGCAUCCAAGGUAGUACGAGAACGAAGGUGAAUCGCGGGGUCGAAGCCGGGUUUAUUCGGGUGUUCUUGGGAGUUUAUUUCAUAAGUCUUCUUCUUAACUUAAUUGUUCCAUAUUACUGAUUUAUUUGAUGUUCUUUGCUAAUUUGAUGAGAUACUUUUAUUGGUUUAUUGGUAUUAUAAUUGAAUCUUGAUAGUACUAUGUUUUUCGAUUUAAUUGGUAUUUGAAAUUUGCUUGUUCUUGAUUAAUAAAUUUGCAAUUCGAUAUUGAUUGUUA